CACGCAUUACAACGCAGCAUUUGAGGAGGGGAGAGAAAAUCAUUCAUCUUCGACGUGUCCUUGACUGCCUCUUUCAAAUCCAGUCCCACUGGGUCACUGCUCUCUCUACCUCUGUUCUGAGUGCCGGCCACGACAAGUCCGCAUCCACCCAAUCGCAGCAAAGAAGAGGGGCUUUUCAUCUCAUAACAACAAGCGCGACUCAAGAUCUCAUUAUCCACCAUCGACUAUUUCACCUUUUGAUCUAGCCCAAAAAAACCGGGGUUCUGCACUGGAACGCUACUGUUUCGUCCAGACCAUUUCUCAGCUGAUCGGCAGAUCAGCUUGCCUCCCUUCCAUCGACUCUGCAACCCAAGCCAUCAAGCGGUUUGGUCGAGUUGAGAUUGAGCGGCGCAAUCGUCCCGUGUUUUCUGUGCCGCGAUUGCCUGUCAUCAUUCGAUAGCGGGAACAAAGGACAACGGGCGGCGCCAGAAAAUCGGAGCAUCCCUCCCGCCUGUGUCUUUACUUCGGCAGUGUCCCUGGUGCAGCCAGCAGCGCCUCGAGGGUCCCACUUCAGGCCUGCUAAUCCACUGCACCAAGCCCCCCACCACCCCCGGCCUUCAAUGGUUGCUUGGUACCAUCGUUCGACCCUGUGGCCCCAGUACGACCUGAACAAAUUGGGGCUUCUGCAAAGCUGUGCCAGCAUUUUAUAGCACAGUACAGCACCACCUCACCACCGUUACGUUUCACCUCCACUCACUCUGCUUCCGACGUCGCACAACACUCGAACCAUCCUCCGGAGGAUCAUACCAGGCAAUCGUCCCAUCGGAAUUCACAAUUGCUUCUGGACUUUCGGACACUUCCUCCAACCUCUCGUAUCCUCUGUAUCCACCAAAUAAAUAAAAAUCUCACUCGAGCCCUCCCAGGCUCCAACGAAUUCUCAUCAUGUCUUCAGACAAUUCCAACUCCAACAACAACAAUAACAACUCGUCCAAGCCGCCUUCGCCUCCACCCGCCGAUAUGCAGCGUCACCGCCGUGGUUCUCUCACCGCCAGCAACCCCUUCUCCCAGCUCUUCACCCGGAGCAACUCUGUUGCUACCGCUGCUGGUACUCCCGUCUUCCCCAGUGCCAUCACCAGUGCCGCCAUCCAAGAGCAGCAGCGUCGAAGGCUGUCGCUUUCCACCGCCGCGACGCUGGGCAUUACUGGGACAUCGCCCACCAGCGCCUCCAGCCUAGCCCGCCGGGCUAGCAUGUCCACCAACUCUGACUGGGACGAGAAUGCCAUCGAGGAGGAAGACGCACCUCCCUUCACCGCCCGUACCGCUCCAGUCAGUCCGUUCAAUCGCCGCGUGAGCUUUGGCACCGCAGCUGCUAUGCGUCGCCCUGGCGGCUCCAGCCCUGGAUCAGGCAAUGACCAGGGCUUCAACUGGUCAGAGCAGCUUAGAUCUCGCGCCGAGAGCUCCGUUGCCACGGGUUCCCGUCCAUCCUUCUCUUUCGCCUCCGGCCUCACUGGCUCCCCACCUCGCCCUGGCAUGACCUCUCCUGGGAGCACCCAUGAUCGUGCCAGAUCCGUCUCUGAGAUGCCGGCUCCUCCUGCCCAGACUCCCAAGCCUCGAUCUCCCCGCGGAGAUCCUCGGCCCAAGCCUGACCACUUUCAGGAGAGAAUUCUCAAGGGUGAUUUCUACAUGGAUUGAAGAGGAUUUCUUGGCCAGAUUAUGAAACACCACGACGAGCUUUGUACGAUGUUUGGCGAAACAAGCACGACCAAGAUUUGUUCCAUCACGACUGGGACAAUCAUCAUCAAUGUUUGUGUGUCAGAACAUGACUGAACGAGAACCUACGCGCAAACCCUGUACCCUUGUGGGGGUGGUCACAGGAAGGCUCAACAGCACUAUGACAUGACCCCCCUCGAUACCACCACUUCUGACAUCCUGCCGAUCUCGACGGCAUCAUCUCAUGAAUACUUUGUGUACGAUUUUUCUUCUUCGCAUGCUUCUAAGCAAAUGUCUCCUUUGUCAUACGGGGGAAUGUGCUUUGAGAUGAGAUCUCCUUGAUCUCGGGAAGAAAAGGAUGAAUCAAUGGCAAUUCGUGAAUAUGCCCCGGUGGAGACGCCGAACUGGCAGAAACCAUAUGGCAUUCUCGCAGACGGGGGAAAACCACCAGAUCGAAUGUCCUGGCGUUGGUGGCAUACGUCUUGUCUCAAGGGAAGCCAUGUACAAAUGAACUAUCAAAAGAAAAAGAAGGAAAGGGAGGGGAAAAAACAACAACAAAAAACCCAUGCACUGGAAUGUUGCGUAUGCAACGUCCUGAUGAGGCACGAUGGAAGGCAUUCGCCGCGGACACAGAACGGUUUCAUUUGAGCAUCAAGACUGGCUGGCUAGUUUGCUUCUGAACUGGACUUGAGGUCACCGGAUCAUCAAAAGGACGGAGCACUGAGGCCGAGUUGGACGGGACAAUCAAGGAAAGGGGCAUUGGUUGAGCGAGGGGGAUAAGAUACAACAAUAAAAUCAAGGGAUAUUCUCCCGGCGUUUCGGCCCCCUCUUACCACCACAGAUUGAUGCAAAAUUGAUUGGGGCUAGCAUAUUCUGAGAUAGAAUCUUGCAAUCCAAGGUCCAAGUUUUUCAACAGAUUUUGCAAUUC